UGGUGUGAAAUGUGACUGCAUCCCUGUAUCCCUCCUGUCAAAGCUACAGGACAUCUAGCUAGCUGCACGGUGGAAACAUUGGUGGUAGAAAGCGCAUGAAUGCUGAAACAAGUGUAGCGUUUGAUACCGAAUUAUAUAACUCGCCACUGAUCAUUGAAAAAAAAGUGUGUGAAACUUCAUUUCGCAUUUACACAGUUGAAAACAGGCGUCUGGAGGAACGUUUUACGAGCAGAUUGAGGAAAAAAAUACGAAGAAUCCACCUCGGAGACCAAGGAAAGCUCUUUAGAAGAGCGUUGUUCUUGCGGUUGGUGCGCGCGACUUUCCCUGAAGUACAAGCUUUACGCAUAAUGUCGAGGAAAAAGGCUUCAAAGGGCAAAGGCGGCAGUGCGAGCCCUUCUACAACCAAAGACAACAGUAACAAAUCGGGUAAAAGUGGCCUGGUGGUUGGAGUUCAGGCUAAUGGAGUGGUGCAUCCGAGCCGACCAUCUGUCAGCAGUAGUGAAUUUUACGACGUCGCUUUCAAGGUGAUGCUGGUAGGCGACUCAGGAGUAGGAAAGACCUGUCUGCUAGUGCGCUUCAAGGAUGGAGCAUUUCUGGCUGGCAGCUUUAUUUCUACUGUGGGAAUUGACUUUAGGAACAAAGUGCUUGACAUUGAUGGGGUCAAGGUCAAACUGCAGAUCUGGGACACUGCAGGGCAGGAGCGCUUUCGAAGUGUUACACAUGCCUACUACCGUGAUGCCCAUGCCCUGCUGCUGCUGUAUGAUGUCACCAACAAAGCAUCAUUCGACAACAUUCGGGCUUGGCUGACAGAAAUCCAUGAGUAUGCUCGGCAAGAUGUGGUCUUAAUGAUACUUGGCAAUAAGGCUGAUGCCUCUCAUGUUAGAACGGUAAGGAGAGAGGAAGGUGAAAGACUCGCUAAGGAGUUUGGAGUGCCUUUUAUGGAGACAAGUGCCCGAUCUGGCCUUAAUGUGGACCUGGCCUUCACUGCCAUAGCAAAAGAGCUGAAGCACAGGUCCAUGAAGGAUGGGGAUGAGCCAAAGUUUAAAUUGCAUGAGUAUGUCAAUAAGGAAAUGAAGACCACUGGCUGCUGCAGGACCUAAAACCACAAGUGGGUGUGUUGUGUGUACAUAUGCACAUGGUUAUCAUAAAUGUGUUUACAUUUGCCCAGCUAUGGGAAUUUCUUUUGUUUAUGUCUGUGGACAUAUGGUUCUUAUGACUAUGUUUAAAUUUGUCCACAUACAUCAUGUGUUUGUGUGAAUAUAUGUAUACUGAAUACAUGAUAAAUGGUAGACAAUGAACAGUGUGCAGCAUUUGAUCAGCUUUGUCAAACCAUGUGUGGAAUUUUAAUUCAUUUCGAGCUUGGGAGAGCCUUGAAGGGCUCAUGGGUACUAUAAUUAAUUCAAGCUGUUUCUAGAGAAGCACAAUUCUGCUCUUUUCUAUCUUCAAAAGCAACACAUAUCCUAAUCAGUGCAAUGGGAAGAAACAGUCAAGCAAUGCCACAAGCACAUAGGUAUAAAAUGUUAAAUCUUUUUGUCCACCAAAGUUAUUAGGGGCCAUCAUGUCAUUUUAUAUAGUCAUUAAAAUUCAAAUUAAAUACAAACCAGAUGAAUAAUGUAGAAAUUGCAGCAGUUUUAGCAUUUACAAACCCACCUCCAGGUAGGAGGUCAAAACAAUUAGACAAUUGGCUGCUCAGCUGUGUAGCAUUUGCAUUUGUAAUCUGGUGUUCUUAACUCUCAGUAUGAAGCUUAAAGAGCUGUCACUGCCAGUGGAUGCCAUAAGAGAGACCACAUUUUGGUUAUUAGGUUAAUAAUUUGGUAAACAGUUAGCAAAAAAGAAUGGCCACAGGAAUAAUGAUAGAGUUGUAAUACCACACAAAAUAACUGUAGUGAAUGACAAUUUUAGGUAGGUGUAUAUGUGUCCAAAUCAUCAAUCAGGUAUCCAGAGUAAUCACAGAGGGUUUGAAAAGGGGGAACCAUAUAUAAAUAUAUAUAUAUA